AAUUCCUACCAGAAGAGGCUCUAUGUGAGAGACAGGUAUACUUUUGUUCCUGUGAUGCCUUAAGCUUUACCUUUCAUGUUUUGCAGAUUCUGUCCUGCAUUAAUAUAUAACUCUGAACUGCAUAUGAAGUGUUAGCAAGUUCUCCUCACAGCUCAGUCACACAAAACAAUCCUUUUCCAGCGCCAGAACCAAGUACACCACUGCAGCUUCAGGCCCAAAAAGUGCAAACAACAUGGAAUUGAGGAGAGCAAACUGGGAGGAUGGGACUGCAUAACCUGGAGCUGUAAUUGGACAAUUAGCCCCAACAUGGAAAUGGACCAAAACUUAUAAAAGCAUGGAAACUUGUGACCUCUCAUCCAUCUUGGAUGUAGCUGUGGCCGGGCUCCUGUACUGCCCAAGGUGUAUCCUGUGAUAGCCUUUUUAGUAAAUACCUACUUUAUUCCUUUAGCACUGCCUAGCCUCUCUUCUAGGGAGCCUCUCAAGGCAUCACUUGUUCAGCUAUGUUGUCUUCACAUUGGAUUGACUAAAUAUUGUCUGAAUGGAAAUUCCUGUAGGUUAGGAGCACAUUAUGUGCUCUCACUUUUUUUCUGCUGCUUCCUGGCACAGGUUGAGAAGAGGGAAGCAAAGGCAGAUGGAGAAGUGACCUUAAUGGUUUUCUAGGAGUAGAUGUGCUGGGCAUGCAGAGGAUGCUUUCAGUGACAAUGCCGUGGUGAUUUUUGUAAUAGCUCUGCAGGUGAAAUAUGAGUGAGGCAGAAUUGUCCUCCAUCCAGGUAAAGGCAGAAUGUGGUGUCAUCAUACUUGCUUUGCAGUGUUCUUGGAGUAUUGUCAUGCUGGGCUCAGAUGGGUUUGAUUUUGUAUAUGCGAGACUCCCUUGAGUCACUUAGACUCUGGAGCCUUUUUUUAUAUUAAAUGUCUGCGUGGGUGGACUCUUCUCUGGUGUAACAAAGCUGUUCUUUACUAUAUGAUUGCUUUGUGGAUUUAUUUCUGGGGUCCUUGUGAUGACUGAAGGUUCCAAACGUGGGUUGGAUCCUGAAGGGAGAAGAAGCUGCAGGUGCAAGGUGAUGGAGGAAAGCAAGAAGGCUAUUCCCCAUCAUGAGGAAUGAGAGGUGGAAGGGGAGUGCCCUUUUGCUAAAGGACAUGUCUGUGCUUCAUGACGUGAUGGUGUAGGUAUUUUAAAAAUAUUUCCUUAAGGGGAAAAAAAAAACAAUAGGAGAUAGGAUGGCAGCAACAGACCAGGGGAGGGAAAGUCUUCACAACGAGGAGAGAAAGAAAAAAUAAAUUAAAAAAAAAAAAGAUAAAACGAGAAAAAAAAAGGACAAAGAAGAAGUGGAAUCAAAAGAAGCAAUGGAAGGAACAUUGCAAGAAGAGGAAUGAGAACUUUAUCCAAAGGACAUGUUUACUGUGAGUAAUAUAUAAACAUUUGGAAGGAAUACUAGCAAAGGAAAUAGAAGCACAGAAGAGAUAAGGAAGGCAAAUGAGAAGGAGGAUGUAAAAAUAUGAUAGUUAAGGGCAUGAAGAAGCCAUAGGUAAAGAGAACUACGAAGUAGAAGGGAAAGAGAGAACAAUAGAAGAAACAAUAGCAGAAGAAAAUAAAGGAGAAAAGGAUACAACAAAGAUGGCGACUAUAGAAGAAAAAAAUAAGACAGAAAGAGAGUAAGGAAGCAGCAAAGAAAGACGAGAAUGGAAACAAAGGGAAGAAUGAUAAAGGACCUGAUCCGCAGGCACCGACCUUAUGUUUUCACGCUGAGAAGAGCUGGUCCGGAACAGCCUUUCCCUGGCUGGAAAACCGCGUCCUGGCGCUGAUAUGCCAUGAUUGGACCCGACAUACCGUAAUGGGCGCUGAUAUACCAUAAUUGGCGCUGAUAUCGCAUAACUGGCACUGAUAACUGCAACAGUGAUGGUCUCCAGCGGGACGCAGGAGGCAACUGGCGAAUUACCGGCGGGGGUAAAAAAGAACGAAGAUUGGAAAGGAAGGAAAAAUGGUAUAAAGAUUAGGGCAGGGCAAUAAAGCAAAAGGACAACGAGAAGAAACAAUAGAAAAGAACGGGAAGAAUAAAAAGGAAAGAGUAGGAAAAGGAAGGGAAAGGCAAACCGAUGAAAACCAGAGAAAUGACGGAAGAAAGGAAGGAAAAGAUGAGGAAAGAAAUGAAUCUAUGCACGCAAACAGCAAUCGAUAAAGAAAAGGGAACAGGAAAAAUAAGCGGAGCAGAGAGGAACAGACGGCAGAGGGGAUGUUCUUAAAGGAGCGGAGACACAGGCGCUGUGGCAUGUGCGGCGGCGGAGCAGCGCACGGUGUCGCUGCAGGCUCAGGAACGGCUCGGUGCGGGCGGCUCCGCCCCGGUGCGGCGGAGAGCCCGGCUGUGAGCGCGGGGGGGCGGCGCGGGCCGGGAAGCAGAGCCGGUGCGUCCGGGCGGCGGCGGGGAGCCGUGCGGGGCCCGGGCCGGGGCCGGCAGCCACUGCGGCGAGAGCGGCGGCGGCGGCAGGGAGGAUGGGCGAGCGGUGGUGUGCGGCGGCGCUGCGGGUGCUGGUGCUGGUGCUGCAGGCGGCCUGGGCGCUGGCGGGCGGGCAGGUGCGCUACUCGGUGGCGGAGGAAGCCAAGGCCGGCACGGUGGUGGGCCGUCUGGCGCAGGACCUGGGUCUGGAGGCGGGCGAGGCGGAGGCGCGGCGGCUGCGGCUGGUGGCUCCGGGCCGGCGGGCGAGCGUGGAGGUGAGCGGGGCGAGCGGCGCGCUGCUGGUGAGCUCGCGGCUCGACCGGGAGGAGCUGUGCGGCAAGAGCGCGCCGUGCGCGCUGCGCCUGGAGGUGCUGCUGGAGCGGCCGCUGCGCGUCUUCCAUGUGCAGCUGGAGGUCACCGACAUCAACGACAAUGCCCCCGUCUUCCCCGCCGCCCGGAAAAACCUCACUUUAUCCGAGAACUCUCCUCCUGGGAUCCGUUUCCCGCUGGAGGGCGCGUCGGAUGCGGAUAUCGGGGCAAACGCUCAACUCACCUAUACACUCAGCCCCAACGAGCAUUUCUCUCUGGAUUUGCAAAAAUCGAAUGAUGGAAAUACUGAACCCGAGAUCGUUUUAACGAAAUCUCUGGACCGCGAGACGAUUCCCGUGCACCGGUUGGUGCUGACAGCGAGUGACGGGGGCCGGCCGUCUCUGACGGGCACCACGGAGCUUGUGAUCUCGGUGCUAGACGUGAAUGACAACGCGCCCCAGUUCAACCAGUCCGUGUAUAAAGUGCAGCUGCUGGAGAGCGCUGCUGUGGGGACGCUGGUUACGAGGGUAAAUGCCACGGAUGGGGACGAGGGAAUUAACAGUGAAGUGACAUAUGCCGUGACGAACAUCAUUCCCACGAGUGGAAAAGAUGUGAUUUCCAUUAAUCCGAACUCUGGGGAAAUUCUCCUUACGGGCGCUCUAGACUUCGAAGAUGUCAAGGUAUUUAAUUUUCGUAUGGAAGCGAGAGACAAGGGGACACCCCCGCUGUCGGGUCACUGCAAGGUGGUGCUGGAGGUGCUGGACGUGAACGACAACGCGCCGGAGGUGUGGGUGACGUCGCUGUCGGUGCCGGUGGCGGAGGACGCGUCGGCGGGGACGGUGGUGGCCCUGCUGAGCGUGUCGGACCGGGACUCGGGGGAGAACGGGCGCGUGCGGUGCUGGGUGUGGCCGGCGUCGCCGUUCGGUCUGGAGGCGACGUUCGCGGGCUCGUACUCGCUGGUGCUGCGCGAGGCGCUGGACCGGGAGCGGGUGUCGGAGUACGAGGUGGAGGUGCGUGCGGAGGACGGCGGGGCGCCGGCGCUGCGCGCCAGCCGCGGGCUGCGGGUGCCGGUGUCGGACGUGAACGACAACGCGCCCGCGUUCGCGCAGGCCGUGUACACGGUGCUGGCGCGGGAGAACAACGCGGCGGGCGCGGAGCUGGCGCGGCUGUGGGCGCGGGACCCGGACGAGGCGGGCAACGGGCGCGUCAGCUACUCGCUGUGGGAGGGCGGCGUGGGCACCGGCGGCGGGGCCGCGGGGUCGUCGUGGUCGGGCGGCGGGUGGCGUCCGGCUUCGAGCUACGUGUCGGUGGACGCGGAGAGCGGGCGCCUGUGGGCGCUGCAGCCCUUGGACUACGAGGAGCUGCAGGUGCUGCAGUUCGAGGUGCGCGCGGUGGACGCGGGGGAGCCGCCGCUGAGCGGCAACGCCACGGUGCAGCUCUUCGUGCUGGACGAGAACGACAACGCGCCGGCGCUGCUGCCGGCUGCGGGCUCGGCCCCGGAGGCGGGCGCCGUGGCGGCGGCCGAGGCGGUGGCGGCGGGCGUGGGGGCGGGCUCGGCGUCGGGCACGCUGUGGGCGUGGGCGGCGUGGGGGGCGCCGGCGGGGCAGGUGGUGGCCAAGAUCCGCGCCGUGGACGCCGACUCGGGCUACAACGCGUGGCUGCGCUACGAGCUGUGGGAGCCGCGGGGCAAGGGCCCGUUCCGCGUGGGGCUCUACAGCGGCGAGGUGAGCACGGCGCGGGCGCUGGACGAGGCGGACGGGCCUCGCCAGAGGCUGCUGAUCGUCGUGCGCGACCACGGCGAGCCGGCGCGCUCGGCCACGGCCACGCUCAGCGUGUCGCUGCUCGAGGCGGCCGAGGCGGCGCUGGCCGCGGGAUCCUCGUCCUCGUCGUCGUCGUCGCCGUCGCGCUCGGCCGUGGGUGUGGAGCUGGGGCCCGGGGCGGCGAGCGCGGCCACCAACGUGUGGCUGGUGGUGGCCAUCUGCGCCGUGUCCAGCCUGUUCCUGCUGGCCGUGGUGCUGUACGGGGCAUCGCGCUGGGCGCCGCGGGCGGCCGUGCUCUCGGGGCCCGGGCCCACCACGCUCGUGUGCGCCAGCGAAGUGGGCAGCUGGUCGUACUCGCAGCGCCACAGCCGGAGCCUGUGCGUGGCCGACGGUGCCGCCAAGAGCGACCUCAUGGUUUUCAGCCCCAACUUC